CCACAUCUAAGCAUCACAUGAGUAAACAUCGCUACUGAGAUGUUCUCACUAGUUUAGACACUUCAGUCUUUUGUCUUUAUUUGGAUGUUCAGAAAGAGGCUUGUCCUGAUAUGAUUUGUUUAAUGAUGUCACUAAGAAUGGCUCUUCUAUGCCUCUCUCUGAUCUCUCUGUCUGUGAUUCUGGGAGCUUUUGGAACAGAGUGGAGUGUGAAGUACAACCAACAGGAAAUAUGUGCUUUAAAAGGAUCCACAGUGUUUAUGAAUGGAACUUAUUCUCACCCAGAACGUCUUACAGUGACAGAGACUUUUUGGGUCAUAGAUCCAGUUCAGGGUGUGGAGAAACCUGAUCUGAGUAAAGACCCAAAUUAUUCAGGCAGAGUUGAGUAUUUAACUGAUGAACAGAAACACUUCUCCCUCAAACUGAGUGAUGUAAUGAAGAAGGAUGAACAUAAGUAUUACUUUAGAGUCAUAACAGGUGUAGAAAAAGAAAGAUGGCUGGGUAAACCUGGAGUUCAGCUCAGAGUUACAGAGCUCCAUGUGGAAACUCCUGGAGAAGUGACAGAGGGAGAAACAGCAGAUCUGACAUGUAAAACCACCUGCAGUCUGACUGACCCAACAUUCAUCUGGUACAAAAAUGGACGUCCUUUAACCACAAAGACCAUCAAGAACAACCAGCUCCACCUGCAGACAGUCAGCAGUGAGGAUGCAGGCAGUUAUAGCUGUGCUGUAAGAGGAUAUCACCAUCACUCUACUGCUCAGAACCUCAGAGUCAGAUAUCCCCCAAAAAACGUCUCAGUGUCCAGCAGUCCCUCUGGUGAAAUAGUGGAGGGCAGUUCAGUGACUCUGACCUGCAGCAGUGAUGGAUACCCACCUGUGAAGAUCUACACCUGGUUUAAGGGAUCAACAUCAGUAGGAGAAGGAAAAACCUACAGCAUUCCCAACAUCAGAUCUGAGGACAGUGGAGAAUACACAUGCCAGAGUCGUAAUGAUCAUGGAGAGAGAAACUCCACUGCUGUGUAUUUAAAUGUUCUCUAUCCUCCAAAGAGCGUCUCAGUGUCCAUCAGUCCCUCUGGUGAAACAGUGGAGGUCAGUUCAGUGACUCUGACCUGCAGCAGUAAUGCAAACCCACCUGUGAAGAUCUACACCUGGUUUAAAGAAGGUGGGACCUCACCUGUUGGAUCUGGACACAGUUACCAUCCUCUACAGAGUGGAUCUUACUACUGCAAGGCUCAGAAUGAAAUUGGAGCUCAGAAUGCAGCAGCUGUGUCAGUGGUAGUAAAAGGGUUUUCAUAUGCUGUUAUUUAUGCAGUUGCUGGAGUUGGAUGUGGAGCGUUUCUCCUUGGUGUCAUCUGCUUCUUUUUCAUAUGGAAUAAAAGAAGAGUUAGAAAGAAAGAAGACCUCUUAGUGAAUACAGUUUAUUCAGAGAUUUGGGCCAGAUCUGCAACCAGUGAUGCAGCGCUGAACAGAUCAGUCUCUCAGGAAGUCAUUUAUGCCAAUGUUUCACCCAGUCAACCUGAAGAAAACAGCAAAGCUGAGAGUUCUCCAGUAAAAACAUCUGUCUGCACGGCUGCUGUGGAGGUGAGGGUAAAAGAAGAGUCUCAGGAAGAUGAUGUUCAGUAUUCCAGUGUCAAAUUCCAUCAUUGCUCUCCGCCCAACAGAUAUAAAGGUGAAUCAGUAGACAAUCCUUCAGCGAUCUACAGCAGUGUAAAAAGAAAAGUCCUGAACUCAUAAUCUUCACUUCACCUGUCCUUCACCCCAACUCUCAACUCUUC